AUGGCAAGGCCUCGAACUGCUGAAGAUGCACCACCGGUUCAGAUGUCGGCCGCUGAAGCAUCGGGGGGAGACCCAGCUACAGCACUUGCUCAGCAGACCAACCUGGUGGAACGGACUGCUAAGCGGUCUGAUGCUUCGAAACCGCCAGCUAAGCAGUCUAUAGGUCCAGAACCGACUGCUCAUCAGUCCAUCGGUCUGCAGUCGCGUGAUCAGCAAACCAAUGUGUCAGCACUUCCUGCUCAGCAAACCAACGCAUUGCAGCCACGGCUGGAUGGCUCGCCGGUGUGCGCGUGCUUCAAUGCGCGCCGCCGCUGCUCCACCGGCCUCCUAUGUCUCUUCCAGUCAGAUCCGACGGGCACAUCUUCCUACAGCCAUGAGCGACCACCCAACUCCACUCUCGAUCCCCAAAGCCAAAGGCAGAGCCAGCCGCCACCGGCCUAUCAAGUUGAUCUCUCAGGCAGAGACAAGUCGAGGCCCUCUCUGUCUCUCCCCCGUGGCUCCUCCUCGUCGCCGCCACCCAACGCCGGCCGAUUCCGGCAACUCCCGCCACCGCGCAGCACACGCCUGAGCUUGCCUCGCUCCGCCGCGUCCCCCCUCCAGCCAGAUGUGCCGCUCACGGCCAGCCGCAACCCCUCCCCUCCCCUCCCCGUGGCCAGGGCUAGGGGUUCUGUAGCGGUGUCGCCUCCGUUGCCUGCCGGCGCCUACAGCACUCCGGCGCGCGUCCUCUGGCGGAUUCCUCCUCUCCUAUCCUCCGGUGACGGUAACUUAAAAUCGGACCCCCACCACUCUACUCUGCUACUAGCACACAUGGUUGCAACUCUGCUGGUUCUAACUGCUCUUCCAGGAUUAUUAUUUUCUUCUCCUAGUUUAAUUAGAUAUAUCAUGUACUAGUUGGGUUUUAUGUUAACAAAUGCUUGCUGCUUCGCUUGCCUAACUUGAUAUACACUCCCUUCAUUGAUGAUUGAUAUAUUGCAACUGAAAGAAUACAUUUUUGCAGGGGCUUGCUAACCAGAGGGGUCAACUUGGAGCCCCUCUCCGGCUCUCCGCCCCUAGAGGCGAUUAAUCUCAUCUUCUCGUGGU